CACCCGCUGAAGAGCCGCUGAGCGCCGGCGUCUGACUGAACAGAGAGAGCCGGACUCCGCCGGGGAAAGUCACCGCUAGCAUGAUGGAGCUAACCCGACAGUCAGUGAGGUGACCGGUGACAGCCUCUCGGGAGUUCGGUUAGUCGGGACGACCAUCGCAGCUCAUUUGGGUUGAGGUCCGGACCAGGUUCUAGCUCGGUCCCGUAGCGCGGCCGGUCGGUUCGGGGUUUCCGGCGGCCAACUGUCGCAAAUGUGUGAGAAACCACAUUCAUGGUGCAGCUAGCUAGCUUGCCAUCGGAAUAUCGGCUCCCCAGCUUCUGUUUGGGCCGUUCGUUAGCCAAAAAAGUACCACAACCAGACGAGAAAUGGGCCGGGCCGGGUCACCGAACCACUUGCCUGGCUCCAGUUUACCAUUUGUUUCCAACUUUUCAAGAAGUUCUCGCUACGUUGCUAAUGCUGUUGGCUAGCCGGGCAGCUAACAGGAGCAAAGGUGUCCCCUUUGCUGCCGGGUUUGAGCCGGGGAGGACAACAUGGCGACCAAAGCGGGUGACAACCCCGACAGCCUCAUGACCCUGACCACAGUAUUCUGCCUCCGGAACCUCAGGAGGACCAUGUGCUACCAGGGACCCCUGAACAAGCUGUGUCUGCGCUCCGACAUCUUCCUCCCGAGCGAAAUCUGCGACAAGCUGGUCAACACGUACAUGGAGCUGGUCCACACAGACAGCAACUUUGAACCCGAGGAGAGCUUCUUCCAGCUCUUCUCUGACCCACGGAGCACCAGACUGACCCGAGUGCAGCUGAGGGAGGACUUUGUGCGGGACCGAGACCUGGAGGCCAUACGCAAGCAGGACUUGAUCGAGCUCCACCUCACCUACUGCAACGGGCUUUCCUCCCGCAGCCUGAAGACGCUGGCCUGCUUCAGGGACACCCUGGUCUCUCUGUGUCUGUUCGGCUGCAGCAACAUCUUCUACAAGAAGGGGGGGGCUCCGCUCGCCUGCAACGAAAGCACCGAGGACGAGGAGGAGGAGGAGAGCCCCGCCUCCAGGCAGGCCUUAGAAACGGACUUCAGCUUCCAGGGCUUCAACCGCCUCCGGCUGCUGAACCUGGGGGGUCUCCCGGACGAGGUGGACGCCGAGGCGCUGCUCAGACCCCUCAGGUGCGUCACCUCCCUGGACCUGUCCAACGUGCACCUGCUGGGAACGGCCUUCCUGGCGCAGUGGAAGGACAGACUGGCGUCUCUGGUUUUGUACAACGUCGACCUGUCUGAGGAGCUGAUUGGCACAGUGCUGGAGCUGGUUCAUCUCAGGCAUCUGGACAUCUCACAGGAGAGCAUGAGGGUCACCAAGUUCAAGAUGACCAGGAAGAUCCUGACGGCCAUCGUGCAGCGUCUGCCCCACCUGGUUUCUCUGGACAUCUCGGGCCACAUCAUGCUGGACAACUGCGCCGUCCCGCACUUUGAGGAAGCGAUGGGGCGUCCCAGCACUGAACCGUGCAAGAGCAGCAUCUACCCCUUCAGGGAGCUGAAGAGGCCUCUGCAGUUUCUGGGCCUGUACGACACCACGCUUUGCAACGUGACGCACAUCCCCGCCUACAAGGUGACCGGGUCUAAAAAUGAGGAGCAGGUUCUGAACGCCAUCGAGGCGUACACAGAGUUUCGGCCUGAGCUGGCCCACAGAGCCAUCAACCAGCUGUUCGACAUCGCCAGGAUCCAGCACUGCAACCAGCUGCUGCGCGCCCUGCAGCUCGUGAUUGGAGCUCUGAAGUGCCACAAAUACGACAAAAGCAUUCAGGUGACGGGCAGCGCGGCUCUCUUCUACCUGACUAACACCGAGUACCGCAGCGACCAGAGCGUGCUGCUCCGCCGAGAGGUGAUCCAGGUGGUUCUGAACGGGAUGGAGCAGUACCAGGAGGUCACAGUCCAGAGGAACUGCUGCCUGACUCUGUGUAACUUCAGCAUCCCAGAGGAGCUGGAGUUUCAGUACCGGCGUGUCAACCAGCUGCUGCUGAAGAUCCUGGAGCCGGCCCGGCAGGACGAGUCCAUCCAGAGGAUUGCCGUACACCUGUGCAACGCUCUGGUCUGCCAGGUGGACAACCAUCACAAGGAGGCCGUGGGCAAGAUGGGAUUUGUCAAGACGAUGCUGAACUUGAUUCAGAAGAAGCUGCUGGACAGAAUGUGUGAUCAGGUGAUGGAGUUUUCCUGGAGCGCUUUGUGGAACAUCACCGAUGAGACGCCGGACAACUGUCAGAUGUUCCUCAACUGUCGCGGCAUGACUCUCUUCCUGGAUUGUCUGAAGGAGUUUCCAGACAAGCAGGAGCUUCAUCGCAACAUGCUGGGGCUGCUGGGAAACGUGGCGGAGGUCAAGGCUCUGCGGCCACAGCUGCUCACGCCGCAGUUCAUCUCUGUCUUUAGCAACCUGCUGGACAGCAAGGCUGACGGGAUCGAGGUGUCGUACAACGCGUGCGGUGUCCUGUCACACAUCAUGUUCGACGGCCCUGAGGUUUGGGCCAUGCAGGAGCCGCGCCGGGAGCUGGUCAUGGACAAGAUGUGGGAGGCCAUCCGGAGCUGGGACGUCAGCUCACGCCGCAACAUCAACUACAGGUCGUUCGAGCCCAUCCUGCGCCUGCUGCCACAGAGCAUCUCCCCCGUCAGCCAGCACUGGGCCACGUGGGCGCUCUUCAACCUGGUGUCCGUUUACCCCAGCAAAUACUGUCCGCUGCUCAUAAAGGAGGGGGGCAUAACUCUGCUGGAGAAGGUCCUGGAGCUGGAAAGUUCUCAUCCAGAGACCAAGGACAUGGCCGGGAAAGUCAUGGAACACUGUGAAAGUUUCCACGAAGACCCCAUGGAGACCAGCAACGGACAGGAGGUCAACUACGGACACAGAGGCUGACCUGCAGGCGGCGCCGUUCUACCGCGUCUCCAGCCAACCCCCUCCCUCCCCCCACCAACCUCGAUGGUCCUGCAUCUGCGGCCCUCCUCUUCCUCCCCACUUGUGUAGAGCAGAGGCAUUUCUGACCUUCAUCUGUCACUUCAGCUGUGGGCUUUGUGUCGGGGGGGGGCGGGCUGCUGCUGUGUGUGUGUGGGGGGGUGCAGUUUUGGAUUAACUCUUAUCUCAGUGUGAUUGUGUGUGUCUAUGCGUGCACGUGUGUCUGUCAGGGACCUUUGGACAGAUUUGGCCCCCCCAGAAACAAAGGGAGGGGUCAGCCUCGUGCACUCCCACACGUGCACACGCCUGCCGGUGCAGCAGGUGUUUGUAAUUACCUGUCCCAUCCUUUUACUGUUUUAUAAACUGUGAACUGUGCGGCUCCUGCGCGCUCUGUCCUCCAGCGGCAGUCCGGAGGGGCUCUGAUCCGGACCAGCGCCGGCGCUGCUCCGGCGGCAGAUCGGACUCCUCGCAUGCAGACGUUCUCCGUCCUUCAGCUCGGCUGUGGGCGACGCCCACUUUAACGCAGCGCUCGGACACGCCGACAGGCCCUGACUUUGCCGAUCCUCCGCUGUCAGUUUGGCGGCUCAGAGGGCGGAACCUUCCAGGUUCCCCUCAAACGUGCACAGAGGGACGACAACUGUGUCGGUGAGCAGCACCAACCGGUCCCGCUCGCUAAAAUCCAGCCGGUCUGUGCUCUGAAGCUGAGUUCGGAGUGGAGAAACUGUUCCACACUUGUCCAUCGUGUCCAGUGGGUUGGAGCCGGGGACCGGCGUCUGUUGGUUCGGCGAUUCCAGGACUGGACUCCGAUCUGAGACGACGCCCUUAAACUGGUUUGAACUUCUGAGGAGUCGGGACGAGUCCGAGCAGAGACGGCGUCUCGGGCGACCUUCACAUUGGACUAUUUAUUGAGGUUGAGGUUUGUGGUUCAGUGAAGGUGGGCCCUCGUCUUCAUCGUUCUGAGGCCGGCAGACUCACGUUUCUGCGUGCGGAUGCUCAGUGAGCCGGAACCCCUCCCAACCCAUUCAAACGAGUUCAAAGUCUUUCAGUUUCUCGCGGCUACAGAACAACACAAGCUUCCAGCAUCAGAGCUUCAAGACUGAGCCCUGAACAAACGAGCUGAAGGGGAGGCGGAGCAAUGAAGACUAGCCCGCCCCCUCCAAACCAAAGAAGAUCCGGUCACAGAGGCAGGCCGCUGCUCAGAUUGUGGUUGCAGACCUUCAAUCUGGACCUUCCUGCUGAUGAAGCAGGUCAGCUGUUGGACCCGGCGGCCUCAGGUGUGAGUGCUAUCAUGGUUUUUGUCUUCAUUUAGGGUCCAGGUCAGCUGGCUCCGUUUUUCCCGCUGACCUGACCUUUUGGUUCUGGUCUUCGGUUUCUCUCUGUGGGUUCUGCUGCAGGUCCGCUCGUGUUCUGGUGGGGGGGUGUUUCCAGCCGUGGGUGGGGGGAGAUCUUGAGUCAGACCGGCCCAGCUGGACGUUGCAGGUCUUGGACUGGUCCACUCUGAGGUCAGAGGAGGACGGACGUGACGAGAUCAGCAAACAUCUGUGCAGACGUUCAGAAGUCAAGAUGUUUGUGUUGAAACCUGGAAAAGCAGGAGACUGCCGGCACCGCCGCUCCACCUCAGCCGCUCUUUUUAUAUUCCUUCAGCUCUCAGUUUGGCUCUUCAUGCUGCUGAUCCGUUCAACUCGAUGGGGAAGAACUUUGAAUCCCACCAUUGAGAAGCUCCAGUUUUUGUUCUCAGUACGUCAGUGACAUAAAUGUAAAAGAGAAUAAGCAAUAAACCCAGAGAAGCCAGA